AUGAAGGGCUACCUCAUCGACAAGGACAUCGAGCUCAAGGACCUGCCCUCCAAGCUCGUCACAAGCGAUCCGCCCGUCAUUGAAGAGGGUUCGACCGAGGUCCUCGUCGACGUCUACUCGGCCGCGCUCAACUUCUUCGACAUUCUUCAGGUGCAGGGCAAGUACCAGGUCAAGAAGCCAUUCCCCUACGUGCCCGGUGCCGAGAUUGCAGGCAUCAUCAGCAAGGACUCGCCCAUCCCUGAGGGCUGCGACUUUGUCCCAGGAAAGACGAGAGUGUUUGGCGCCGCGAAUGGCUCGUACGCCGAACAAGUCACGGCAGAGUACUACCAGCUCCAGAUCAUUCCCGACGGAAUCAGCUUCGAGGAGGCUUCCGGUCUGUUUGUGACAUGGCCCACAAGCUAUGCGGCACUCAAGUUCCGAGCAAAUGUCAAGCCGGGUGAAUGGGUGCUUGUGCACGCGGGAGCGGGCGGCGUGGGGCUGUGUGCGAUCCAGAUCGCCAAGGCCAUGGGCGCCAAAGUCGUCGCCACCGCCGGCACUGCCGAGAAGCUCAAGGUCUGCAAGACAGUGGGCGGGGCUGACGUGGUGGUCAACUACCGCGACAAGGACUGGCAGAAGCAGGUCAAGGACCAGUGCGACGGCGGCGUUGAUGUAGUCUACGAUCCCGUCGGCAUGGUCAACCCCUCACUCAAGGUCAUCAACUGGAAUGGGCGCAUCGUCGUCGUCGGCUUCGUCGGCGGCACCAUCGAAAAGAUUCCUGCCAACAUGGUGCUGCUCAAGAACUGCUCGAUCACUGGUGUCUUCUGGGGCGCAUACAUUGCCAACGAGCCCGAACGGAUCCCUGAGACGUGGGAGGCGCUCAUGAGCAUGCUCGAAAAGAGAGAAGUCAAGCCGACGGUGUAUGAGCGAGUCUACGAUGGUCUUGAGAGCCUGUCCGAGGCCCUUCAGGAUCUGCAGGCCCGAAAGACGUGGGGCAAAGUCGCCGUUCGAGUCCGAGCCGACCCAGAGCACCCGCCCAAGGGAAAGGCAAAGAUCUAA